CAUUGCACAUGCAAAGGAAUCGCGCUCUCACCAGAAAACCAAACACAUUGUACGACGCUAUCACAUCAUACGAGAAAUCGUAGACCGAGGAGAUGUGAUGAUUUGCAAAGUAGAUACUGACGACAACAUAGCCGAUCCCUUGACCAAGCCUUUAGGAAAGCUAAAGCAUGAGGGUCACACUAGGUCCAUGGUCAAUUGCUUCCGCUGUCACCAGGAUCGACCAUCGUCAUCGUUCGUCCGUUCCGGUUCUGGACGCCCGUCUCUGUCCAAGUCGCAGGUGAAGAAGAUUCGUCCUUCCAAUUGUUCGCCCGUCCCUUUUCCGGUCGCCUGCGGAGAAGAUUUGUCAGAAUCACCCGGUGAAGACGCCGCCCAGAUUCAUCGUUCAGCCAUCCCUGUUCGCCCGUCCCUUUUUUCGGUCGUUUGCAAAGAAGGCUUGUCAGAUCCACCAGUUGAAGUCGCUGCCUAGAUUCACCGUUCGCCCGUCCCUAUUCCUGUUCCUUUUCCAGUCAGAUUCACCAGUUGUUGUCCCUUUUCCGGUCAUAUUCGCCCAUCCCUGUUCGCCUAUUCGCCCAGAUUCGGCACGCCAUCUAUCCCUCUCUGUUUCCGAUCGUUUGCGAAGAAUUUUGAGUCGGCAGUUUGUCCGACUCUGUUUGUCCAGAUUUCUUUGUUGACCACUUUGCUAUUUGUCCACCAGUUUGAAUUUGUUUGGUGUAAAAACAUCACCAUAAAAUUAACACGAUGACAACUACCUCGUGUGAUUGGUUGAUUGAUAGCGGUGCUUCUCAUCGUAUGACGAGAACUUUAUCUCACUUGUUUAAUAUUGAAGAUGUAUCUUCUCAUCCUAUAUGUCUUCCCGAUGGUUACAGGAUUCAAGCCACUAAAAAGGGGAGUGUCCGCUUGUCUCCUCAUCUAGUUCUUCAUCAUGUGUUUUUUGUCCCAACGUUACAUUGUCAUUUGAUUUCUGUUGGGUGUUUGAUUCGGGACACCACCUGUUAUGUUACUUUUAAUGAUUAUGGUUGUGUGAUACAGAAACGUUCGUCGAAGAUGGUGAUUGGACAGGGAGAACUGUGAAACG